GGCCUGAUUAACAUUCUCCCCUCACAGGCAGACUGCAGCCGGCUCACAAAGGAGAAACUCCUAACUUUCCUCUCUUUGGCUUUUCCGCACUUUGUUGGCGAUUUUUUUUUUUACUUGCCAUUCAUCCACGCCUCCCCCACCCACCUCCGAAAAGGAAAGGACCCCCCAUCUCCACACUAAUCACUCUGAGCCUGAUACAGAACCUGCUACUAAUUUUCAAAAAAGGGAACACUAAAAAAGUAAAAGUAAAAAAAAAAAAAAAAAUUCUAAUUUUAAAAGAUGUACAGUUUAGGCCCAGCCGCUCUGACCCUCUGUGUCCUCCUGCAAGUCACACAGGGCCAAAUGUUCAUGAUCAAAAACGUCCAACUGGAGAAGUGUAUUCACGCAGCAGAUGACACUGGGCGAGUCUCUCUAGCCAAGUGUAAGGUGAACGCCAACCACCAAUACUGGACCUGGGAACCGGGCACCAAAUCCAUUAUCAAUGUAAAGAGUAAACAGUGCCUAACGGUGAUCAAGCCUCAAGAUCUGCCCACUCUGAAAACGGACCCGUGCGAAGGCCGGAAGAACCAGGCCUGGUUCUGCGACAGUAGGGGUUACCUAUCCCUCUAUGGACACCAGCUGCACCUGAGUGCCAAGCACGGGACCAAAAAAGUAAUCCUGUCUAAAGGAAUGGACAAGUUCAGUAAAUGGAAGACACUGAAAGAUUUGCCAAUCUGUGAAGAGGUUGUUGUGGCCACCACCGGCACAUGGCAAAGUUCACCCCAUGAUGUAGAGGGCGGCGUGGAUAUAUUUAAUGAAAACGAAUUGAGAAACACCAGCAUGACUCUGGGAACUUCCCCACUUGUGACGGGAAUGACGACCACAACAACUCAGCAACCCGAGCAGAGAUCAACUGAGACUGAGGAUGAGCCAUCGGCCAGCUCUUGGGAGCAGAUCUACGUGUUUGAGGAAGACAGUAUUGGCUGGAAAACGGCUAUGCUGAUUCUGAGUCCGUUCACUUUCCUACUAGGUGUUGCUAUCCUGGUGUUGAAUGUCCGCAAUAACAAGAAAAGAAAGCUCUACGCCUUGCCGAGCCAUGGUAAACCUGGUCAUAAGCUUGGCACACCGUAUGAGCAGUCACCAUUAACAAGCAAAGGAGAUGUCGCCGACUACCCGGGGCUGGACUCCAACUCUUCCACCUUGAGGCACGGAGAAAUCCUGAUAGAAUGGAAGGACGGCACCAUCUCUCCUCUGUAUGACCAGCAGUGAAAAGAAGCCACAGCUUGGUGCCAAACCCACAUAUUUCUGACCAUGGAUUGAUCCUCGUAGACUCAAAACUUCACAUUUCGCCCGUAUUGCUUCCGAUCAUCCUAAGAGGAACAAUCUCAAUAAUUAGUCCUUUCCAGGUUUAUAUCACCAACUUUUUAGCUGAGAUAUCACCAAGCCCUCAAAAAAGUAGGACUUUCAUAGGACGUGUCCAUUAGCCCUUUACCCUUCCAUUAUUAGAAUGCCCAUUAUCAUUGCAGAAGACGUUUUAUUGGGUGGUAAACCCUCCGGGAGGUUUAGUAAAAAGAGCAUAGGCUAACCCA